CAGCAAUUCCAACUCUCGCAGCUCGAUAGAAGAACCAGUGUUUUCUUCAUUGGAUCGUAGACAUCUCUUAAACCAGAGCACACCAACGUCACCAAGCGCCUCUCUUCCUUAGUCGCACAGAAUCUUUAACUUAUAAACUCGCUCCACUCCGUCAUACUACACCAUGACCACCGAGACUAAACCGCCGCUGCCACCUUUCACAGCCGAAACGGCAAAGAUAAAGGUCAAAGCAGCACAAGAUGCUUGGAACACCAGAAACCCCCAAGUCGUCAAGAUGGCAUAUACCCCAGACUCCAUCUGGCGGAACAGGGACCAGUUCCUCACAGGGAGGGACGCGAUUGAGGACUUCCUUACCAAGAAAUGGGCCAAAGAGGACGGUUACAAGCUGAGGAAGGAGUUGUUUGCUUUUACCGACAACAAGAUUGCCGUACAGUUUUGGUACGAGUGGCAUGACGAGAACGGCAAGUGGUUUCGGACCUACGGCCUAGAGGACUGGACCUUUGCGGACAAUGGUCUUAUGCGCAAGCGGCAGAUGAGCGGCAAUGACGUUGAGAUUUCCGAUGAUGAACGCUGGUUUAAGGACGGGGUGGACGUCAAUGCGGUGCAGAUUAGUGAGAAACACUGGUGAUUGCGAAGGGUGCCGGUCCGUGUUAGUUGGUAUAGCACUUCCCGAGCCGGAAAAAGAGAGGUGACUGAAAUAUUUUCUAUAUGAAGGGUUUGCCUAAAGCCGACUCAUAUUUCGCAUGUCAACAGUUGGUAUAUAGAAUAAACAAUAGAGACACAAC